GCGAAGUCUGAUGGCAGGCACAGCCGAGCGUCAGCCCGAGCCCGUGCGUUGAAAACCAACCCGCGGCUCUCCCGCGGCAAUGGACCUUCCUCUUUACCCUUUCGCCGCACCCGCACUUGAUACAACUUACGCCGCGGUUGUCAACCUCCCCUCUUCUCGUCUUCAUGGACGGCAGCAACCGUGCCGCUGUGGCCGGCGAUGCGCCGCGGGUGCGCAAGCGGGCACCUGAGGCGUGCACUUUUUGCCGCCGACGAAAGAUCAAGUGCAGCACUGAACGUCCUUCAUGUGCAAAUUGCAAAACCCAUGGAAUGACUUGCAACUAUGAGCCUAUCGACGAUGCUGUUCGUGCACGAACUGCUCGUCCAAGCAAGGUGCCACGGAGGGAGAAUGUCACUGAACAGACCGCAGCUGCAACUACCCACAGGGCAAAAUCAGUGUCUGAUGACAACUCUACUCGCUCAACUUUAGACUCGGCGAGUCGAGCAAACAGUGUGUCUCGUAUCGUUGUCUCUUCGAAUGGCAUGCCCAGCUACCACGGCCGUACAAGCACUCUCUUCGAAGAAAGCUAUCAUGACCGUUCCACCCCAGAAGCCAACUCCAGAAUGCCCGAGGAAUGGGUAGAGAAAGGACUGAUUGCUGAAGCUGCAUGUCAACGUCAGCUUGAAGAUGUCAACUUUCGUCUUGGAAAACUCGACUUCGACGGCGUGGAGCCUGAAUUAGGGCAGCACUUAUUGUCCCUUCAUUGGAAUCGACAACACCAUUCAUUCCUUAUCACAUAUCGGCCUGCGUUCAUGCGAGACAUGGCAUGCAAAGGCCCGAACUUCUCUAAACUCCUCUUGAACGCCAUCUUCUUCAGCGCGUCGAAAUUCAGUCCGCGUCGCGAGCUCCGAAGGGACGCUGAUGAUGUGCGGACUGCUGGCUGGCAAUUCCGUGAACGAGUCCGAGGGCUACUAGGUGGUGCUUUGGACAAGAGCGACAUUACUACCAUACAGGCAUUGUUGAUCAUGUGUAACUCCUUGUUCGCACUUGGAGAUGAGCGCAGCGCAGCUUGGCUGUACGCUGGUCUAGCGUUUCGUAUGAUUGUUGACUUGGGCAUUCACGUAGACAAGGCGGGCCUGGCUACUCACCGCAAGUUCUCGGACGAAGACCUUGAAGUUCGAAGACGCGUCUUCUGGGCUGCGUUUGUCGUCGACAAGAUACAGAGUCUGUAUCAAGGCCGACCAGUCACCAUCAAGGAGUCUGACACACUGGUACCUAUCAAGUUCCUGGACACCUACGAGGAGCUGGAGCAUUGGACUCCUUUGGCCUACUUGACACAGGCGAAUGUGGCUUAUUCUGGAUCGCCGGCAUAUAGCAUCUCCACUUUCAAGCACCUUUGUCAACUUUCAAUAAUCUUGAGCGAUAUACUGAGCACUAUCUACACAGAGCGUAGUUCCGACAAAAGCUCCGCUGAGCUGUCUACCAAAUUGGAAAGCAUUCAUGCGACAUUACAGGCUUGGUACCGAGACUUGCCUGCCCACCUGUCUGACGUGAGCAAACUACCGACGACUCCACCUCCACACGUGCUGAGCCUGCUUAAUAGCGCCAUGUACCAUGUACUCAUGAUCCUCUUGCAUCAUCCCUUCGUCGCUGACGGCCAUCUCUACAACACUUCUCGCAGCAUCUCGGUCAACUCAUUGAAGUGUUGUGCCACAGCAGCAAAUGACAUUGUCCAUCUCGUACGGGUCUUCGACAAAGCGUUCAGCGUACGAAGAGCUCCAUAUCUUAUUUCGUAUGCGACAUACGUUGCCGCAACUAUCCAUGCGCGCAUUGCAGCAAAGCGUGGCCCCGGCUCUGAUGCCCACAGCAGUCUCGCUGCUUGUCUAGCCGUCUUUCGAGAAAACCAGGAGACCAACCCAGCCGUUCGGCGCGCCAACGCUCUUGUGCAGAAUCUAAUGAAGAGACUUGGGGUACGCAUGCACAGUAUCGAUGAGUGCCGCAUUCAUAAAGGUACCAGUGGUAGCAAUCAACGUCAAUCUCCUGAGACGGUCUCGAACACAUCGACUGGACGUAGGCCCAGCUUACAAGGUCUCGAUCUUGAUGGCAUUAUACAGAGCUUUGUGCGCGAGCAGGAGAAUGCCCAAAUGACCCAAGUAGGAACGCCCGACCACAGUGCCAUGAACACGGCAGCACCUACACACAUGCCGCCGCUAAGAGCUCCUACCAUUGGUGGGAACAUGCUCGAUGCUGGCGGUCACGACGUGAACUCCAUCACUUACGACUACAACGGACCGUGGAUCGGUCAGGUUCAACAUCAGAUCUAUGGAGACGCCUCAGUACCCGUGGACGACUUGUACUACGGCUUCAAUAGCGCUGCUUUGGACAGCUUCCCUAUCACACCAUUCUUGGAGUGGAACACUAUGUGAGCAUCUUCUCAACAGUCUCGACUCUGUAGAGUAUCUAGAGAUGAUCCAGAGAUGCAGUGGCAGGUAUCUGAAGUUCCCCAUGGGGAACUUGAUGUGCACGCGGCCCGUAAGU